AAUCUGAUUUAUACCGCUGUCUGUCCCGAGACAGUCGCUGAGCGAUCCGCGCGUCUUUUGUGUCAACUUCUUGUCCGCUCUGCGUUCAUAGCAGAUUCUUCUCUUGAGUAACAACCUGGCUGAUACAUGAUGGCCGGCAAUGGUACCGAAACAGCGGGUUGGGUCGACGCGCCCAAUGUACGCGGGUCGAUAGACAUCCUCUGGUCUUGUGCUUUGGUUUUAUCGACAGCUUUGUACACCGUUCUGCAUUUGAACAUCCCUGGUCCGAACGAUAGCUUGAUGGUGACAAUAAUGCGCAAGAUACGCUGGGGCAUGCUGGCUAUCUUGGCUCCGGACUUGCUGGUGUACUUCUCGGCCAUGCAGUGGGAGGCCGCACAGCAAGCCGUCGAGCAGAUGCAUCGGAUGGGACACAAGCACUGGACGCUGAAGCACGCUUUUUAUGCCAACAGCGGAGGCUUUGUUCUGCGAUCGAUCGACUACCGCCCCUUUCCAAUCACUUCCGCAGCCCUCCAAUAUCUCGUGGAGGCAGACUAUAUCGAGUGCCCAACUAUCACCGAGGAGGAGAUCUGGGACAAGAGCAAGGCCGAUGUCUUUGCGAAAUGUGUGGCCUUGGUCCAAACCGCUUGGUUGGCGGUACAGGCGAUCGCACGGGUCAUUCAGGGGCUAUCCGUGACCCCGCUGGAGCUCUUCUCGCUUGGAUUCGUCCUGUCGACUAUGAUGAGCUACUAUUUCUGGAUGCACAAGCCGCAGAACGUCAGCGUACCCACGUAUAUCGACCUCAAAUACGGAAGUGUCAACGCCAUUCUGAAUCAGGGUGGUAACGCCUCCGUGGAAGAUUUUCAGCACACCCCCCUAGACUUCGUUGAGAAGCCGAUGCAGCGGUGGCACCGUCGGCCCACGCUGGAGAAAUUCGGCCUGGAGGAGGGGCCGCUGCAGCGCAUGCCCGACGACAAGAUUCCAGUGAUCAACAUGCGCCGGCAGACUUGGAUUUUGGUGACGGUGCAAGCGAUGGUCCAUCCUGCCAUUCACUGUCUGGGAUGGAACCACCUGUUCCCGACCCCGACGGAGAGGCUACUGUGGCGUAUCGGUGCCCUGGUACUGGCGUCCGGACUUCCGCUCGCUACCACGGUGCGGGUGGCUUUGACGGCUCUGGGGUUCAAGGGUCACCGGUCGCUGACCUAUAUUUGGAUUCAACCCACAGAGCGACCGCCAGGAUGGCGGCCGUGGGUGCUCGAUAUAAUCUCCACGCUUAUCAGCAUGUGCUUAGUUCCUGCGCGCUUGUAUAUCAUCGUCGAGGCGUUCAUCAGUCUGCGGCGACUACCGGUCAGCUCGUUUCAAACGGUGGCAUGGACGGGCUUCAUUCCACAUGUGUGAGACGUUUGCACAACUGGCGAUUAUUGCUUGCUAGAACAGCUUGUGACUGGGGAAGAUACGUGCAAAUGUCACAGUCUUGACAAGAAUCCGGUUCUAACAAUCUUCCGUCAGAAUGUUAGAAGACACACAACUGAAGCUCAACUUUGUUCCCAGCCAUGCUGAAGGUAUACUCCAGUAUCAAUGUCAUCUCCCAAGAGUUGAGUCGAGUCGAGAGCGACGAUCAUUGCAACAAA